UUAUGAUCAUCCAAUUCGUCAAUAUAUUAGAAGAGUUAUUGUAAAAGAUCAAUUUCAUCAAUUUCGAGAUUGACCUUUUUGUAAUUCUUCUCUAUAUGGUAAUCUAUUGUAUUAUUACUAGAUAAUUUGUACUCCAUUAGGAUUUGUAUUCCAUUUAAUCAAGAGUCCAACUGGAAGACUUUAUUAUAAUCUUUUUAUGGGAAUAUUCUUUUCUGUCAUUGUCUGCAAAGAAUGGUUUCCUAUAAUGUUAGGUUGGACAAUUGCUAUUUACUUUAUUGCAUAAAUCUUUAAAAAAUGUGCAUUACCGGUGUCUAUAGCUGCAUUUGGAAUUCUGUCAUUUGUUCAUAUCUAUAGACUAAUAUAUUAAUACUUAAGUUGGAGAAUGGACUAUAAUGCAAUUCAAAUGUUAUUGACAGCAAGANAUUGCUUUAUUUUUUUAUCUCUUCUUGGUAAAGAUAAGUCUUCAUAUUUCUUUUAAAAUUUUGUUAGAUUUCCACAUUCUGAACAUUCACAACUCCUUCUCUUUAAUUUAGUAUGA